UCUUGGAAGAUGGAUCCUGAAAUACAGAAAAUGAAGGAAGUUGUCCUUGUCUACCUUGACAGAAGUGGUGGCCUUCAGAAAUUUGUGCAUGAUUGCAAAAAAUAUAAUGACUCAAAACAAAGUUAUGCUGUUUAUCGUUUCAUUAUUUCAAUUAAUCCUUCUGACAUUGCUGAAUUGGAUGCAACUCUUGGAAACUAUAUUCUUCAUAAUCCCCUACAAGCUGCACAGAUUUUUCAGUCAGUAUGCUUUGUAGCUAUUAAGACAUUAUCAUUAAUUGAACAACUGCAGACAGAAGCCCAGAUAAGUAUAUUGCUGAAACCAACACAUUUGCCACCUUUACCAAGUUAUGUUCUGAGUCUUUCUGCAUAUCCCUUUAAUUACACAUCUCAAAGAUUCUAUAUGUCUGAAGGGAUAGUGAUUGCAAUGGGAACUAUAACAAAAUACACACAAGGAGCAAGAUUUCUUUGUACUGAGGAAACCUGUCCAUUCUCUGAAGGGUUUAGGUGCAUCAGAGUGCAUUGUCCUGGAGCUACAGAGUCUGCUACAGUGAGAACUGAUUUUGUGUGUAGCUUGUGUUCUUCACCACUGCAGGAAGACAUGAAAUUUAGAGUACUUGGUGAUAAACAAGUAGUUGAAAUGAUUGAUGCUAAAAUUCUGAAUGCUUUGAAAGGAUAUUCCACUGAUAAAUCACAUUUUAGGAUUCAGGCAUUUACAUUGUUCUUGAGAGAUGAACUGGCCAAUAAAAUGACAAUAGGAAACCACUACAGAAUUAUAGGAAUUCCAGCUUGUGUACAAAAUGGCCUACAAGCAACUGCAUGUAUAGAAGUCAAUAGUGUAAAGCUCUAUAAACCAAAUGGUCCUUCUUUUGUAAGUGAGAAUUUUAACUAUCUUCUCUCACUGACUUCAAGUUCACGCUGGAGGUUUACUGCUGUUCUGGCCAACAUCUUUGCUUCUCAAGUUGUUCCACCAGGCACUUACAAUACUCUUAAACUUGCAAUAUUGCUGAGUCUGGUACAGACAUGUGAAAAAGAAAAUGCUGAUUAUCUGGAUCUCUUGAUUAUGACAAGUGACACGCUAGUAACUGACAGGCUUCUGAAUUACAGCUUAUGUCUUCUGCCUCGUGGCAUACGACACCCACCUUCCAGUGACAUUUUUCCUUCUGUGUCCAAAGAUAAACAUGGAACUGGAAGUGCCAGUAUUCAAGCCUGCAGUGCUGUGCUAGCCAAGGGUGGCAUCUGUUACAUAGGAGACUUAAGUUCAUAUAAAAAGGAUAAACUUGAACUUCUACAGUCUGUGCUAGAGAGCAGAACAACAACAGUAUUUAUUCCUGGGAAGAAGUAUGGAGAAGAGGCUGACCAGCAAGUUACUAUUUCAGUUCAGACCAACUUUUGGUCCUUUGUAGAUAUGGACUCUUCCUCAAAGAAACAUAUACAAAAAGAGAAUUUUCUAAUUGGACAGAUGGAUGUGAGUUUGAUUCCAGUUAACCUUGUAGAUGGUUUUGGGCUCCUGAUCUACAAUGAGUUUCCUUCCUGUCACCUGUCUUCUCCUGUUGUACAUCAAAUCUUGAAAAAAGCCAUUAAUCCUGAAGCCAUGCUGUACAAAGUAUCACAUCAAUUCAGAACACAGGAUUAUGAGGAGUUUAUUUUGUUUGCUAGGAAUCUUCAUGUUGAACUGAGUUCAGAAGCAGAAAGUCUCAUUCAGGGCUAUUAUCUUGGAAGUCGCAGGGUGAGAAGAGAUUCCAUUCAUGGAUCUACAUUAUCAGCCUCUGCACUAAAAAUUCUGAUUUCACUGGCUAAGGCUCAUGCCAAGCUCAGUUUAAGACAGAGAGUACUUGAGGAAGAUGCAGUGAUUGCCAUCUUGUUACUUGAGUCAUCGCUGACCCUAAAACAUGGCACAUCUGCAUUAUGUGUAGCACCAAAUCCUGUAUUUCCAUUUGACCUCAGUGAUGAAAGCUCCCUGCAACAGAGAGAUAUUUACCUCAUGCAGUGUCACCAUCAAUUGCUGAAGUUUAUUGCUGCCUAUAGCCCAGGAAUUCACAUUAACACUAAUGAAGAGUAAAAUCUCCACUGUAAGUAAAGCCUGAGGCUCUGGCUUUUUGAGAGGCUACAGUUAGAAAUACAAAAUUACUAAAAACUUAGAAGACAGUUCAGUGAUGUUUUACCAAGGAAUAAAGCACAGCAGACAGGACCUGAAUUACAAGUUUUUUGACUUAUUUGAAGGGAGGAGGGAUGUCUUCAUCCUGGAAAACCAUGGCUUCAGAAUACAGUCCUAACCAGAACUUGUCUUCCUGGCUACCACUCUCCAUUCACAGUUAUGCAAGAAGUAAUUUAGGGUUUGGGAUUUUUAAUAAGACUACAACUAAAAAUUAAACCACCAGUUCAGAAUCUAAUGUUUUAUUUCAGCUACCUCAAUUCUGCGUUUUUUUCUUGUUACUUCCUUUCAAAUGUAUCAGUCAAAAGGUUAAGGAAUUUUAAGAACAUUAAAACUCUUCUUUUAAUAGUUUAAGUCGACAGUCUUUACUUAUGGUAUAUAGAUUUUGAAAUGUAUAAAAUAUUAUCAUAGUGCUUCAUGUUCUGUCUUUUUUUUUACGUUACCAUGAGAUUAAA